AUGGAGGCUCAGGCUCUGAGCUACGCCCAAGGAGGGGACUGGAAGCGACGGUGCUGUGAGCAGGUGGCCUGCACAGGCACUGGUACUAACCGCAGCGGGCCGCCGAGCAACAGACCGAUAACUCGGACAGCGGCUGUCCCUUCGGCGCCUCGCAGCUUCACCAGACCUGAGACGGGAACAAGCCUCGGCUCCAGACCCAACAAUAUCUCUCACCUGUUUCUCAACGCGUACUCUCCCGGGAUCCAAGAUGUACCGCGGCUGCUACCCCGAAGAGGGGCUAGCUACGCGUCCAGCAUUCUGGGGCUUGUAGUUCCCAGUCUCUCGGAUCAGCGGACAGAACCUGAAUGCAGGUGUCUGUGCAACACCCUGAGUCUCCUUCUUUCUACUGCAGGGCCAGCAGGGUACCUUCGACGUGCUAGUGUGGCCCAGCUGACCCAGGAGCUGGGCACUGCCUUCUUCCAGAAGCAGCAACUGCCCGCAGCUAUGGCGGACACCUUCCUGGAACAUCUCUGCCUCCUGGACAUCGACUCAGAGCCUGUAGCAGCUCGUAGCACCAGCAUCAUUGCCACCAUUGGGCCGGCAUCACGCUCUGUGGAACGCCUCAAGGAGAUGAUCAAGGAAGGGAUGACCAUUGCACGACUCAACUUCUCCCAUGGCUCCCACGAGUACCACGCAGAGUCCAUAGCCAACAUCCGGGAGGCGGCUGAGAGCUUUGCGACUUCCGCAUUUAGCUACAGACCUGUGGCCAUUGCCCUGGACACCAAGGGACCCGAGAUACGCACCGGGGUCCUGAAGGGGAGCCCAGAGUCCGAGGUGGAGAUUGUGAAGGGCUCACAGGUGCUGGUGACUGUGGACCCGGAGUUCCGAACACGGGGCGACGCAAACACAGUAUGGGUGGACUACCCCAAUAUCGUCCAGGUCGUUGCCGUGGGGGGCCGCAUCUACAUUGACGACGGGCUCAUCUCCUUAGUGGUGCGGAAAAUCGGCCCAGCGGGGCUGGUGACCGAAGUGGAGCACGGAGGUGUCCUGGGCAGCAGGAAAGGUGUGAACUUGCCAAACGCCGAGGUGGACCUGCCUGGGCUGUCUGAGCAAGAUCUCUUGGAUCUGCGCUUCGGCGUGGAGCAUAACGUGGACAUCAUCUUUGCCUCCUUCGUACGGAAAGCCAGUGACGUGGUUGCUGUCCGGGCUGCCCUGGGGCCGGAAGGACAGGACAUCAAAAUUAUCAGCAAAAUCGAGAACCAUGAAGGCGUGAAGAAGUUUGAUGAAAUUCUAGAGGUGAGCGAUGGCAUCAUGGUGGCACGGGGUGACCUGGGCAUUGAGAUCCCAGCUGAGAAGGUUUUCCUGGCUCAGAAGAUGAUGAUUGGACGCUGCAACCUGGCCGGCAAGCCUGUCGUUUGCGCGACACAGAUGCUGGAGAGUAUGAUCACUAAGGCUCGACCAACUCGGGCGGAAACAAGCGAUGUGGCCAAUGCGGUGCUAGACGGGGCCGACUGUAUCAUGCUGUCAGGGGAGACGGCCAAGGGCAGCUUCCCGGUUGAGGCCGUAAAGAUGCAACACGCGAUUGCCCGAGAGGCAGAGGCCGCUGUGUACCACCGCCAGUUGUUUGAGGAGCUCCGCCGGGCAGCGCCACUGAGCCGUGACCCCACUGAGGUCACGGCUAUUGGAGCUGUGGAGGCUUCCUUCAAGUGCUGUGCUGCAGGUAUCAUCGUACUGACCAAGACUGGACGCUCGGCUCAGCUUCUGUCUCGGUACCGGCCUCGGGCCGCUGUUAUUGCUGUGACUCGCUCUGCCCAGGCUGCACGGCAGGUCCACCUGUUCCGAGGAGUCUUCCCGUUGCUUUACCGGGAACCACCGGAGGCCAUCUGGGCAGAUGAUGUGGACCGAAGGGUCCAAUUUGGCAUUGAGAGUGGAAAGCUCCGUGGCUUCCUCCGUGUCGGUGAUCUGGUGAUUGUGGUGACAGGCUGGCGACCUGGCUCUGGCUACACCAAUAUUAUGCGGGUGCUGAGCGUAUCCUGAAAUGCCUUGUCCCCCUUCUGGCCUAGCUGCGCCCCAUUUCUUUCAACCCACACCCCUCCCGGCAGUCCUACAUCUGCCAUCUAGCCCCGUUGCUGUGUUUCACACGGGCCCUGAAUGUCUGUGUCCAAUUCCACACUGGCCACGCAUCAGCAUCAAUCGAAUAUCCCUGUCUCAAUCCGCUCAGCCGGAUACUAAGAUGCCCUGAGCCUUUAAUCCCGGCCAGCUGGUUAAUUCUGUUCCUCCGGGCUUCCUAUCAUUAGAAUGGGGGAGUAGAAAAGAGGUGAUCUCGUCCCAUUUCCACAGAACCAUUUCUUUUUCUUUUUGGUUUUUAGAGACAGGGUC